UCCUCUCUUCCCCUCCCUUCAUCCAUACCCUCUAUCCUUGGCGCGGUCCCCCUCGUCAACUCCAUCAUGAGUAGCGAGGAUCGCAAGUUUGAUGACGGCAGCGUCGAGAAGAACCACCUUGACAACGAAUUUCACGUCGUUGCGGAUGGAAAGCACAAGUUCGAUGUCGCUUCCAUCGACUUGGUACAGCGUCGACUCAAGCAGCGCCAUGUUCAGAUGAUUGCUAUCGCUGGAACACUCGGUACAGGGCUUUUCCUAGGUUCUGGCAAAGCUCUAAGCGGUGCGGGCCCUCUCGGUGCCCUCAUCGCAUAUGCCCUUGUAGGCUCAGUGGCAUAUUCGUCACUGUGUUCCAUUGGUGAAAUGACAUCCCACGCCCCAAUUUCAGGAACUUUCCCUCAUUUUGCCGCUCGAUGGGUUGACCCUGCACUUGGUUUUGCAGUUGGAUGGAACUACUUCUAUACUAACGUGAUAACCGUGCCGGUGGAAAUCACGGGUGCUCAGAUCCUGAUCACUUAUUGGGAUUCCAACACGAAUCAUGCCGGUAUUUACACUGCAAUUAUCUGUGUUUUUGCUUGCGCAACGAACGUCUUCGGUGUACGGUAUUUCGGCGAAGCGGAAUUCGUAUUCUCUAUCAUUAAACUCACAAUGAUCACCGGUCUUAUUAUUGUCGGUCUGGUCAUUGACCUUGGAGGUGCACCAGAUCACCACCGACUGGGUUUCCAGUACUGGAAAAACCCCGGUGUCUUCGCAGGGGCUGGACUGGAACCGACCCAUGUUGGCUUGGACCGCUUCCUCGGCAUAUUGAAUGUUCUUGUCCAAGCUUCAUUCUCAUUCCAGGGCAUGGAACUUGUCGCCAUUGCCGCUUCCGAGACCGAAAACCCCCGCCGGAACAUCGCAAAAGCCGUCCGCAGGGUGUUCUUCCGUAUUCUCGUUUUCUAUAUCCUCGGUAUCUUCAUAACCGGUCUUAUCGUUCCUUAUAACGACCCCAACUUGCUCCACUCCACGGGUACUGCUGCCCAAUCUCCUUAUGUCAUUGCCAUGACGAAUGCUGGGAUUAAAGUCCUGCCAAGCAUCAUCAAUGCCGGUGUCAUGACGAGUGCAUUCAGUGCUGCAAACUCGUUCCUCUUCUGUUCGUCCCGUAUCCUCUACGGUCUUGCUCUCCGAGGGCAAGCACCCAAGGUCUUCGCAAAGUGCACACAAUCUGGGCUUCCCUUGGUCGCUGUUGCGUUCUCUAGCAUGUUUGCGUUCCUCUCCCUCAUGAACGUCGGGUCGGGUUCCGCGACGGUGUUCAACUGGUUCGUCAACCUUUCAACCGUGGGCGGCUUCUUCGGCUGGGGCUCCAUCAACUUAACCUACAUCUUCUUCCACCGCGGAAUGAAGCACCAAGGCAUUGACCGCACGAAGCUCCACUACUGGAACCGCUUCCAGCCAUGGCUUUCGAUCUGGGGCCUUUCUUGGUGCAUCUUCUUCAUCCUCGUCAACGGCUUCUCAGUCUUCUGGGCUUUCACUCCUGCCGGCUUCCUCACAGCCUAUAUCAACAUUCCGCUGUUCUUCGGUCUUUACUUUGGCUGGAAGUUCAUGAAAGGGACAGAGAUCUGGAAACCAGACGAAAUGGACUUUGUGACAGGCAUUCCCACCCCGGAGGAGACAGAAGGCCCGUACUACCCGCCUGUGGGUUUCUGGCAAAAAGUUGCUGCCGCUUUGUUCUAGGUUAUGGUUUGGCUUGUUGUACGCAUCUAGUCACUGUAUUUCCAGUUUCCGCUUUGGAAGCUGUAAUUCCCUUUUCUUUUUAAUGUUAAAUGAUGGAUGGUUUCGAAUCUUCGUUUACAUAUUUGUUGCGGUCAUCAGAUGUUGUCAAACACGAAACGUAAUGCAAUGAUGCCCUCUGACAUUUCAGUUUACUCUGCAAUACGCUAUGAGCAGUGAGAUAGGGAGUACUUAGUACACAGGCGCCAGGGCAGUGCAGUGCACCGUCCUAUGUAAUAAGUCACUGCUCACUGCGAACAGUGGUGAGC